CACAUACAAACGAGUGUAUUUCUAACGAGAAAAAAAAUUAGAAAAACCAAUUUAAAAAUUAUCAAGUGAAAGUGUUUUUACACAAAAAACGAAAGAAAAUUUAUAUAUAUUUUUACAAAAAAGCAAAACAAUUAUAAAAACCAUGUCUACCUUAAACAUGCAUCCACCACAAACCUACUCCAGACUCUUCCGUCCUUGGGAUUGUAAUACCCGUGCUUCGCCCAUCAAUCAAAUGGAGGAAACUCCACAAGCCAAACCUUUGGUGAAAUCCGAAUACAGCUCUUCCACUGAGGAUAUGUCUGCUUCUGCCUCUUCUUUGGUGAAAACAGAAAAUUGCUCUUUUAGUGGCAAUGAAAGUGAUCGUGAAUGUGCUUCCUCCAGUAGUUCUUCCACUAAAUCAUCCAGCUAUGAGGAUAGUUUCAACAAUAGCUUGCAAAUGGAAUCUGCCCCAGCCUCACCACCCAUGAACAAUAACAAUGGCUUAGUACAUCCCGUUCCUUACGCUAAUACUCAUCUAUAUGGCUCUUUGGAAAAUCAUGCUCCUCAUAUGGCGGCACAUCAUCCACAUACUGCUCAUGCUACAGCCAUGACUCAUAUGCUGCCCUCCAUGCCUGCUGCCUCGGCUAGUGAUUUAUACUAUGCUGCCGCCGCUGCUGCAGCAGCCAAUGGAUUACCAACAGUGCCUACUACUAGCUCUGCAGCCGCUGCUUAUGCUUUGGAUCCCUAUGCCUUGAGUUUAAUGGAACAGGAAUAUGCCCGUGUUAUGGCUGAAGAUGCCCACCUCAAGGCCGUCAAUGCACGCAAGCAAAGACCAAAGAAAUUCAAGUGCCCCCACUGUGAUGUAGCCUUCUCCAAUAAUGGUCAACUUAAGGGUCAUAUACGCAUUCACACCGGUGAAAGACCCUUCAAAUGUGAUGUUGAAACCUGCGGCAAAACUUUCACACGCAACGAAGAAUUGACCCGCCACAAGCGCAUACACACCGGCUUAAGACCAUAUCCCUGCACAGCCUGUGGCAAGAAAUUCGGUCGUCGUGAUCAUCUCAAAAAACACAUGAAGACUCACAUGCCCCAGGAAAGACAAUUGGGACCUGCCAUCUUUGUGCCCAUGUAUCCUUAUCUUUAUGGUUACUAAAUAUUGUAACACCUGAAAACUCCAACACUCAACUGCUAAGCAAAGCUGGGCAUGGCCUUUUACUUCGCUGAUACCUUAAUGUUCCUACAAGGUUUCCAAAAAACAUAACAAAGCAAUGGAAAAACGCGUUUGCACGCAUUA